AUGUCCUCUGAUUUUGGUGAGUCUAUAUACACACCCUGGUCGGCCAGUGGUGGUUCUAACUCUCCCGCUGGCCUUUACUCUAAUAACACGUGGCAGCUACCGGCCAAGUUCUAUCUCGCAUCAAGAUUAACUUCAACAACAACGUCGGAUGAACUCUCCGAAGAGGGCACGGCUCAUCCUGUUGACGACCGAGUCUAUAGUGUUGAUGGCGAUGUUAGUGUUGACGACCCUACCAUAGUGACAACAACUGAAUUGAACUCUGAUGCUGUGGAAUUUAUCCCCAGUUCGGCGUUUUCUACUGCUGGUAUGCUCAACGCGGAUGCACCUGAGUUUAUCCCAGGGGUGAUAUCUUGUGAGGACAAAGAGGGCGGCAUCGGUCUGGACCCGGAAGCGCCCGAGUUCGUACCGGAGUGUUCAGCUGUUGAUGAUGGUGAUGCUAGUGUGAAUUCCCUGAUUGCUGACUUGGCGUCGCUGUGGGUUCAAGGGCUCCAGCCGGCCUUCCACGUGGAUGAUCGUGAGGCAUUAACUGACGACAAAUCGGUGCCCAUUGAAGAAGGCUCAUUGGCCCUCUUAUUGGCUGAGAUCGCCUCGGACAGCCGACAGGCUGAUGAGCUGUAG